AUGGAAGGUCAUGUAAGGUCGUGUACAGACCGAUGCGAUCAGGAUGAUAACUCAGGUCUCAGAAGCAGAGAAUUCCUGACAUCGGAUGAGCUAUAUCACGAUAAUAAGGACUCAUCUAACUCAAAGAGAAGUGAUCUCGUCCACAAAGUUAGGCCAGCUGACGACCUGUUCUGGUCUCAUCAUAAAGUCAGAACCGCCGACCCUCAACGUUCGGUAGUCCUCCUCAUUGAUCAGUACUGGGAGCGCGGUCCAAAUGCAUCGCCGGAUCCUUAUAAGUUUCUCGUCGACUCAAUUGCUUGUAUGCUUUACUCCAUACUGAAUAAGGUGCCAAUAGGACCAGCGAGGAAGGCUGGUUUGCUCGUAGUUGGCUUGUACUGGCGAUCUCAUCCUAUUCUCAUUCCGGGACACGAUAAGGUAGCGCAUCGACGGUGCUGGGCUGAAGCUGCCUUCUUAGGCGACGUAGCAUUGAAAGCGGGGGGUACAGUCUGCCUCUCCGACGCAUGGUCAAUAUCCUCAGUGUCCAAGCCUGAAAGACAUACUUGCCAUGCUGAAGGAUAUAGUUUCCCGGCGACUCUGCGAAAAGAUAGCAUUUCUUGGGCUGGAAAUGUCCUUGAUGAGAUGUUAUGGAUCAUCACUCCUGAGACUCGAGAUAUGAAGUGGUUAGAUAGUGCGACUGCAAGGAGGACAUCAUCCUCCCAUAUAGCUUGUAAGCUCAUCUGGGCCUUGAACAGCACCUGGCAUGAGACAGGAUCUCUAGCUUUUUCCGUCACUUCAUGUGCAGAUGAAGCACCAUUGCAGUAUAUUCGGGCGGGUUCAGCAGUGCAGCCGAAGAUGAACGUGUUUGUGUUCCAAACACGGCAAGAGUUGCUUUCUGCUAUCUUAUAG